AUGCAUCUACCCAUGGCAUUCCUCCCCGCCGCCUUCGCAGCAACAGUCCUAUCUGAACCAUCCACCCCUCCCACCCCUCCACAAGACACCAACACAACCACCCUCGUCCGCCGCGGCGACCAAUGCAACACCGCCCAGCAACACUACCCCGACGUCCCCGAAUGGGAAAAAGCCAUGCGCCAAUUCUGUUCCAUCCACGGCAGUAACCCCAUCUUCUCCGACAGCGCCACCGUCUUCACCUACACCAUCACCGGCCACGACAACAAACCCAUUGACUGGAUCUUCAAAGUGAACAUCGACAACGAAUUCGCACACCACUUGUGGAGCUGGAUACCGCUCACGCAGGAGUGCCUAGACGGGUUUACGGCGCUGACGAAGGGGGAGGGGGGUGGCGUGGGCAGGAGUUGGUGUUAUUGGAAGGCGAGGACGAGUCAGGAUGAUAGUGUGGGGUUUUUGGGCGGCAAGUGGACGCAGCAUUUGCCCAAGGAGAAUCAACCGGAUGGUCGGGCGAGGAAGGGGCAGAAGGGGAUUUGA